CAGCUCUGAUCUUUAUAUGCUUUUCGGCCGCCCGGACUUCUCCUCCUCUGCUUCUUCUUGAGAACUUCUGCUUCUUGCUCAAUCACCUACUCUUCUUCUCCCGCAAUGGCUCCUUUCUCGAAACUGAACGUCGAGGAGACCCUCGAGCAGCUCACCACUGCUGAAAAGACCGGCUUGAUUUCAGGCAUCGAUUUCUGGCACACAUUCCCCGUCCCCCGCCUCGGAAUCCCAUCGCUGCGCUUCUCCGAUGGCCCUAACGGCGUCCGCGGCACCCGCUUCUUCAACGGUAUCCCCGCCGCCUGCUUCCCCUGCGGCACCGGCCUCGGCGCGACCUUCGACGUCGAGCUCCUCGAGGAGGUCGGCCGCAUGAUGGGCAAGGAGGCCAAGGCCAAGGGCGCCCACGUCAUCCUCGGUCCUACCAUCAACAUGCAGCGAUCUCCGCUCGGCGGCAGAGGCUUCGAGUCCUUCUCCGAGGACCCUGUCUUGGCCGGCUUCGCUGCCGCCGCUGUCAUCAACGGCAUCCAGACCACCGGCGUCGUCGCCACAAUCAAGCACUACGUCGGCAACGACCAGGAGCACGACCGUAUGGCCGUCAACUCGAUCGUCACCGACCGCGCCAUGCGCGAGAUCUACCUCAAGCCCUUCCAGCUCGCCAUCCGCGAUUCCACCCCCAAGGCGCUCAUGACCGCCUACAACAAAGUCAACGGCACGCACGUCAGCGAGUCGAGCUUCUACCUCGACGACGUGCUUCGAAAGGAGUGGGGCUUCGAGGGCUUGAUCAUGAGUGACUGGUACGGCGUCUACUCGACCUCCGAGUCCGUCAACGCCGGUCUCGACAUCGACAUGCCUGGCGCGACCAGCUUCCGCGGUCCGUUGAUCGGUCGCGCGAUCGGCGCCCGCAAGAUCAAGCCAUCGACUCUUGACGCGCGCGUGCGCAAGGUUCUCGAGCUCGUCAACGCGUGCACCGAGUCCGGCGUCGAAGAGAACGCGCACGAAGGCACAAACGACACGCCCGAGACCACCGCUCUCCUGCGCAAGGUCGCCGCCGAGUCGGUCGUGCUGCUCAAGAACGACUCCGGAAUCCUGCCCCUGAGCAAGACCAAGACCACCGCCGUCAUCGGCCCUAACGCCAAGGUCGCCACUUUCUGCGGCGGUGGCUCGGCCUCGCUUCUGCCGUACAACGCCGUCACUCCAUUCGAAGGUAUCGCCGCCAAACUCGCGACGCCGCCCACCUACGCUGAAGGCUGCACCGCGUUCAAGACGACGCCUGUUAUCGGUGCGUACACCACCUCUCCUUCAGGCAAGCCCGGUCUGCAGAUGAAGUUCUACAUCGAGCCCGAGACGGUCACCGACCGCGAGGAAAUCGACUGCAUGGAUCUGCAGAACGCAAACAUCAUGCUGAUGGACUACGCCAACGAAAAGAUCCUGCCCAACUCGCCCUACUACGCUGUCAUCACCGCGCACUUCGUCCCCGAGGUUUCGUCCGAGUACGAGUUUGGCGUGAGCGUGUUUGGCACCGCGAAGCUGUACAUCGACGACAAGCUCGUCGUCGACAACGCGACCAACCAGCGCGCUGGCGACAGUUUCUUUGGCUCGGGAUCAGCCGAGGAGCGCGGCUCUGUCUUCCUCAACGCGGGACAAGAGUACGUCAUCAAGGUCACCUUCGGCAGUGGUAUCACCAGCAAGCUGAUGGAGAACGCGACGCUGCUGCUCGGCGGCGGUCUGCGCGUCGGAAUCGUGCAAAAGUACUCGAUCGAAGACGGAAUCGCGAGCGCGGUCGCGGCCGCAAAGGCCGCCGACCAGGUCGUGCUCUCGAUCGGUCUCAACAACGACUGGGAGUCCGAGGGAUACGACCGCUACAACAUGGAUCUGCCCGGCGCGACCAACCAGCUCGUCGAGGCCGUGCUGGCCGCGAACUCCAACACCGUCAUCAUUCUGCAGUCCGGUACGCCUGUUGAGAUGCCGUGGAUCGAGAAGAGCAAGGCGCUCAUGCACGCCUGGUACGGCGGUAACGAGACCGGUAACGGAAUCGCCGACGUGCUGUUUGGCGACUUCAACCCCUCUGGCAAGCUCCCGCUCACGUUCCCGAUCAAGGUCGAGGACAACCCGGCGUUCCUCAACUUCCGCUCCGAAAACGGCCGCGUGCUGUACGGCGAGGACGUCUACAUCGGCUACCGCUACUACGAGUUUGCCCGCAAGAACGUGCUCUUCCCCUUUGGCUACGGUCUCUCGUACUCGACCUUCUCCGUCUCCGAGCCCAGCUUCACCAUCGCCGACGCGGCCGCCAAGCCGACCUCCGCCGCCGACCUCGGCACGUUGACCCUCACCGCGACCGUCACAAACACCUCCGGCCCCGCCGGCGCUGAAGUCGUGCAGCUCUACGUGUCCGAGUCGAGCCCGAUCGUGAACCGACCGGUGAAGGAGCUCAAGGGUUUCGCGCGCGUGUACCUCGAGCCGGGCGAGAGCAAGACGGUGACGGUCAGCGUCAGCGUCAAGGAGGCGACCGCGUACUGGGACGAGGUCGAGGACGCGUGGAUCGCGCAGAAGGAUACGUACACUGUCUCUGUUGGCGUUGCGUCGUCGACGGUUGAGAAGGUGGGCGAGUUUGAGGUCGCGAAGACUUUGCACUGGAAGGGAUUGUGAUUUGACUGAAGAUGUUAUCAAAAAUCGUAUUCAUAGGGAAUAAUAUUUACAUAAA